AUGAGCAGGUCAAAUGAACACAUUAUUGUUACGUGUUUGCAUAUUCUAGCAGCGUUGUAUUGGGUAUUGAGGAAGUAUGAUGAAGGUAUUCCAAUUAUUGAAAAAUCAAUGAAGAUCACAAACAUAAAAGAAGGCCAAAAACAUAUGUUGGCUAAGUUUUCAGUAUGCAGCUUGGUGAUAAACAGUUUACAUGGAAAAGACAGAAUGAGUAAGCUGUUAGAAGAGGCUGAAAAUAGGAGGCUUGUGAGGUUUAUUUGUAAUUCAAUGCACUUAAACGUAGCUGGAGUUGCAGCUCAGUUUGGCAGUUACUCUGACUCAUAUGAAUACUUUGAAGCUUCAAUUUCAAAGUUUCGGGCUGCUGGAGAAAAGAAAUCUGGAGUUCUCGGGAUUGCUUUGAACCAAAUGGGACUAGCAUGUGUGCAGAUUAACUUGUCUGGGAAGGCUGCUUUCUGUUUAAAAAAGGUAGAAGCCUUUUGGGAGCAGAAUGCGGGCCUCAACAUCCGAAUAUACUCCCUCGGGUUUAUGUCCAUCUUGCUGGUACCUAUGAUGCAAUGGGGCAGAAUGUUAGAUUCAUCGUAUAACUUGUUAUUUGGGAAGCUUGCCUUAAAAAGCCUCUUUGAAGAUUAUUUUGAUGCAGCAAAUCAUUUCAGCACAAUUUUUAUGCUAAAGCCUAUUGAAGAUCGUCAUGUAGAUUUAGUAGCAACUGUUUCAGGCCCUCUUGAUAACAAUCCAGAGGUGACAAUUGACGGUAACGCACUAUUUCGCUGGCAAAGUGAUGCUGAUGAUCCUCAUACAUUCACAGAUCUAUAUGUAUCCAGUUCCGAUCCGAUUUUACUCAUGAGAGCAUGUGCAUACUACCCGAGAUAUGGUUUUGGAGCAUUUGGCAUUUUUCCUGUUCUUCAGAAGGAGAGAGUACGAUCAGAAGACUAUGGUACGAUGGGUUUGAGAUAUGGCUCAUCAAAUUUGUCAUUUGGAGCCACCCUUUUUCCAUAUUCAUUGGGCAAUGACUUCCCAAAUACAGCAUGGCUGGUGACCAAGAUCGGAAGGUUGACUGCAGGGGCGCAAUAUGACCCUCGAUUUGAAAAAAAGGAUGGUGCAAAAUAUAAAAACUUGAAGAACUGGAAUUACGCUGUAGGCUAUGGAAUCGGGUCAGGCAGCCCAUUGAAACCAUCAUUUAAUUUUGGGCUUGAAUUUGCUCAGAACUCACAGUUCAUAGCUUCUUUCUAUCAACAUGUGGUAGUCCAACGAAGGGUGAAGAAUCCACUUGAAGAGAAUGAAGUAAUUGGAAUUACUAAUUACAUAGACUUUGGGUUCGAACUGCUAACAAGAAUGGUUGAUCAGAAGGGAUCAAACGACAUCCAAGAUGCCACCUUCAAUGUCGCCGCAUCUUGGCAGGCCAAUAAAAACAUCUUGCUGAAGGGAAAAGUGGGGCCCCUUAGUUCUUCUAUCUCUCUAUCUUUCAAGUCAUGGUGGAAACCAUCAUUCAGUUUUAGUGUUUCAGCUAUAAGAGACCGUGCCAUAGGAAAGACAUCCUUUGGUUUUGGUCUUCGUGUCGACAAUGUCAGAGAAGCAAGCUAUGAAAGGGCGGAUCCGAAUUUCGUAAUGCUGACACCAAACAAAGAACAUCUAGCAGAGGGUAUUCACUGGAAAAGCGGGAAGAGACCAAUGCUACAAUCGGAUAUAAACUCUGGAAACUUUGAUGGUGUCCCUAGGGAGCUUAGACCCUUGGCUAAAAUGUUAUGAUUAUGGUUU